AUGCUGCGCAAAGAUCAAUUGGAGAUCAGCUUGCAUAAUGAGCAGCAGCUGAUCCGUGAGGGGACUAUCAAGGACGACAACCCUUUGGAUCUAAGCGCCCCCUUUCGGGAACUCUGUGAAGCCUGUCGUAAGGGGGAUCUUAAGGUUUGUCAGGAGAAGAUUACCGAGGGAGUCAAUAUUAAUGCACGGGAUCCUUAUGACUAUACGCCCUUGAUUCUGGCAAGUCUCUGUGGUCAUUAUGAAGUUGCUCAGCUACUUCUGGAGUCUGGAGCAUUGUGUGAAAGAGACACCUUUCAGGGUGAGAGAUGUUUAUAUAAUGCUUUGAACGAUCGUAUACGAAACUUGCUCCUCCAGUAUGAUUACUCGAAGUCGACAGAUCCUCUCCAGCCUCUCGCUGCCCAUAUAGCGUCACUUCUCGUGCGCGAACAACCUAAAACUUCCGAUAUAACCGUGACAGCAGCCGAUGAGUCUCUAUUUUUACACAAGUUCCUCUUAGCUGCACGCUCGCCUUACUUUCAUCACAAGCUAGAAGCUGUGCCGGACACUACAAUAUGGAAGCUCCCUAGUAACAUACCGCCACAGGCAUUUGGGACUGCUAUCAAAUAUCUCUACCUGGGAGAGGCACCUCGUGAUUUGAGGAGCGGACCAGGAACAGGGUUUACAGAAUCAGAAGUUUUUUCUGGGAUCGAUAAAAUUGCCAAGUACCUCGAAAUCAGCACCCUUCUAGAUAGCAUCCUCGACAGCAGUGACAGACGGCUGGCCCGGCAAAGGAGAACAAUGGAGCUUGAGAGAGGAAGGGACCAGCUUGAGGAAUGGUUCCGAAAGAACGUCCUCCGAAAUAAAAUCGAAAUCGAAACAUCCAAGGCGAGUGAUGUCAAAUGGGGGCAUAACAAUGCAGUUUUUGCAGAUGUUUUGCUCCAAGCUGAUGAACUCCCUGAGGAGUCAGAAGAUUACCCGAACGGAGAUACUGGGUCAACUGAGAAUAUUGAGUCGACUGCUUUGCCUAUCGGACCGGCAGGGCCAUCCGGCAAGGAAAACCCUGUACAAAAGUCAACCUUGUUCCCGUGUCACAGAGCGAUACUUCUGCGCUCUGAGUUCUUCCAAACCAUGUUCAGCUCCCCGUUCCGAGAAGCCCAUAUGGGCGACCAUCUGCACAUUAUUCCAGUAGACUGCUCCCCGGAAGUUUUGGAGAUUAUCCUCUCAUUCCUGUACACUGAGCGGGCCGACUUUCCGCUCGACGUUGCAGUUGAUGUGUUGUAUGCGGCUGAUAUGUUGUUCAUCGAGAAACUGAAGACCCGAGCUGCUGUCGUGAUCAGCACGCUUGGUAGUGGUAACAUGUCACAAGCAGAAGCUGCGAAGACCCGAGGCGAAGACGAGGAUUAUUUGGAUAUUUACGCCAUUAUUCGGGCAGCGUGGAUGACGAGAGUCCAGCGCCUGGAAGAAUUUGCUGCCCGAUACCUUGCAUAUCGUCUUGAGGCCCACAUAGACUCUCCUGAGUUCGCCGAGCUUAUUCAAGAGUCUGCGUCCCGUAUUCGGGGACGACAAGAAACCGACUCUAUCGAAUUGCUGGACGACAUUAGAUUCUAUCUAGGGGAGCGUUUCAGACUGAGGUUUGAUGACGCGGGUAUUGAAGAGAUGAUGGAGGAGCAGAUGCCGCAACAGCAGCCGAUGGAGACCAAUUCUGCUGAUGGAAGUAUUGAGAAGGUCACCAGUGGUGUUGAGGCAAUUGAUCUUUCUCAAGACCAUUCCGCAUCUGUCAAUGGUAAUGGUUCAGCGCAACCCCUGGUUUCGAACGGGGCAAAUCACGACGAGCCUGUCAUUCGGACCCUGGAUGGUGAGAUUGCAGUUGAUGAAUUCACGAAGGACGCAAUCAACUACCGGAUCCUCAUGGACAAGCUUGACGAUAUUCUGGAGAGCUUGAAUCUAGACGCCUAG